GGGCCCCCCGGGCGGGGCCCCGCGGGGCUGUCGGUGAAGAUGGCUUUCCGCCGCGCCUACUCCAUCAAGGACAAGCUGCAGGCCAUCGAGCGGGUGAAGAAGGGCGAGCGGCAGGCCUCGGUGUGCCGGGACUUCGGGGUGCCCGGCGGCACGCUGCGCGGCUGGCUCAAGGACGAGCACAAGCUGCGCUGGUUCCUGGACCAGCUGGGCGGCGAGGUGGGCACCCAGCGCAAGAAGAUGCGCCUGGCCAACGAGGAGGAGAUCGACCGGGCCGUCUACACCUGGUUCCUCACCCUGCGGCAGCACGGCGUGCCGCUCUCUGGGCCCAUCAUCCAAGCCCAAGCCGAGGCCUUCGCCCGCCAGAUCUACGGGCCCGAGUGCACCUUCAAAGCCAGCCAUGGCUGGUUCUGGCGCUGGCAGAAACGGCACGGCAUCUCCAGCCAGCGCAUCUAUGGCGAAGGAGGUGGAGGGGGGGACCCCGCUGCUCCAGGGACCCCGCCACUCAAGGCUGAGCUGGAGCUCGGGGCCCCCUCCUCCACCUUUCCGGACCCUUCGCUGCUCCUGCCCCUGCCGCCGCCUCCUCCAGCCGCUGCGGCUCCUUCGGAUGGGGGAGGCUACGGGGACGAGCAGAUCUACAACGCCAAUGUAACUGGACUCUACUGGAAGCUGCUGCCGGGCCAGGCUGGGGAGUUGCGGGCCCAUUCCCCCCGCCUGCAGGCUCCCCCCCGUCGGAGGUUGAUGGUGAAGGAGCGUGUCACUGUGCUGCUGGCUGCCAACCUGACUGGCUCGCACAAGCUGAAACCACUGGUAGUUGGGGGGCUCCCAGACCCACCCAGUCUCCGGCACCACAACCAGGACAAGUUCCCAGCCUGCUACCGCUACAGCCCAGAGGCCCGGCUCGGACCUGCCCUUCUCCGGGCCUGGUUCUUUGAAGACUUUGUGCCAGGAGUCAAGCGUUAUCUGCGCCGCAGUUGCCUCCAGCAGAAGGCGGUGCUGCUUCUCAGCAGCCCCCCGCCGCCCUCUAGUGCUGGCCCAGAGGAGCCACCGCAGCUGCAGACCCCAGAUGGCUCCAUCCGAGCCCUCUUCCUCUCCAAGGCUGCGGCAGGGGGCAGCUCAGCUGGAGGGGGAGGCCGUAUCCCAGCCCCGCUGGAGCAAGGCGUGGUGUCCGCCUUCAAGCAGCUCUACAAGCGGGAGCUGCUGCGAUUGGCCGUGUCCUGCGUGGCCAGUGGGGGAGGUGGCUCCACUGGGGGGCCCAGCCCAGCUGGUGGUGGGAGUGGCCCCCUGGACUUUGUGCGUUCUUUCCUGCUCAAGGACAUGCUAUACCUCGCUGGCCUCUCCUGGGACCUCAUCCCUGCUGGCUCCAUCGAAAAGUGCUGGCUGCUCGGGCUGCGUGCUGCUUUUGAGCCCCAGCCUGGGGAAGAGGAACAGGGGGAACCACUGGGUGGGGAUGGAGGUGCUGGGGACAGCAAGGUCUUCAGUGAUCUCACCCAUCUGGCUGCCCUGGCCUAUAAACGCCUAGCACCCGAGGAGGUGGCUGACUGGCUGCACCUGGACGAUGCAGCCCCGGGCAUGGAGGGGGAGGAUGGGGAAGGGGAUGGUGGGGAUGAAGGACUUGGAGGCUGUGGCGGGGAUGAGGAUGAGGAGGCAGCAGGGGUGGAUGCAGGCGGUGGGGGGGGCAGUGGAAUGGAGGAGGAAGGGGAUCCCCCACUGCCCACAGCCCAGGAAGCCAUCAGGGGCUUGGAGACAGCACUACGCUGGCUGGAGAGCCAGGACCCCCGGCAGGUGGGACCACUCAAGUUGGUGCAGCUCCGCUCCCUCAUUAGUAUGGCCCAGCGGCUGCACCAAGGGGGUAGCUCAGACUCAUAGUGGGGCGCGAGGGGGACGAGCUGGUCAGCCACCUACUGCUGCACCUUUGGGGGUGUAGCCCCACCAGACUCCCAUGGGACAGAUGGGGACUAACCCCACUCUGCAAUGGGACAGACAAUGGGGGACCCAACACCUCCACCCAUCAUUGCUAGGGAGUGGGGUCUAAUACCUCGUGGGGCUCAGAUGUCCCUCCCCCUGGGGCUGCCCCCCUGUCACUGAGGGGUAAGCCUACUUCCUGGGGCUAAUAAGGGGGGAUAACCCACCGUAAAAUGUCAUCACUUGAGGGCUAUUCCUCACUCUGAACAUAAUUGGGAGGUGCUAUUCCCUACUCAUGGAACGUAGGGGGAUAAUUCCCAGCAACAUCACUGGAGGGCUAAUCCUUACCCCUGACAUCAGCAGAUCCCCCAACCCAUGGGGCAGAGGCAGGGGGACCAAUCUCUGUAUCCAAUGUCAGUGCAAGGAAGGGGCUUACCGCCAUUCUCCUGGGAUUGAGGGGAAACUAACCAACGUUCCUGAGAAGGGCUGAGGCGGGGAACUGGACAUCAGCAGGACAGAGAAGGCACGCUGCCCCCCAGCUUGACUGAGAAGAGGGGAUUCUCCCUCACAGGAGUGGAACUAAUGACGAUGGUGGAACUGUCAGAUGGUCGGCAGUAAGAAUCCUGCUGUGAGGGGAAGGGGGCAUGCAUGGCUAUACAUGCCAAGAGAGGCUCUUCCUUCUCAAGUUGUAAAGAGGAAAACAAAUGCUGGGCAAGGAACAAAGCUAAACGAAAAGCUUGGCUGCAGUCUCCCACGCAAAGUUCUGUGGAGGUGAAUCCAGGUGGCAGCAGCAGCAGCCUCGCGGUCCAGACCCAAAUCAUCAAUGGACUGGAGCUGCUACCAGCUGCAAACUGGCAGCCACGUGCUUGGAUAUCUUUUUGUAAGAACUAAUGUUACACUCUGGCGGGGGCUGGUCAUUCAUACGCUUCCCAUUUGCUGACUGGUUGCCUGUUAAGCUAGGGUGGGUUUAAAACGGGGGUGGGUUUUACAUGCACUGGAUUAGAACUGGUACGCUCUGGGCUGGGGGUACUCUUAAGAAGCUACAGGCCACCCCGAGAGCUGGUGAGCUAAUUUAACCUCCAUGGCUACUUUAUGUGCACAAGGGAUGCUAUAGCUCUUAAACCAUGGAUACUUCAGACUCUCUUUAAAAAUUAAAAUACCAUUUUUUUGCAAUCUUCUUAUAGCAAAACAGUUAAGCCUGGUGGCUAGGAAGAGAACGAAAUUCCCUUCGGCGGUGGGACAUUCUGCAGGCAGCAGAUUCUUGGUUUUGCCUCUAUAGAGGCUGUUAUAGUGAGGCAGCUUGUAACAUGUCCUGCAGCUGGAGUGAGUCAGGAAUUGGAGGGGCCCACAACAUUUAUAUUAAAAAAUAGAGGCAUGAGAUUCUAAUUGGAAUCUUGGCCUGGUUUUCAAAAAAAUACUUUUAGUCUGGCUAGUUAGCAAAAAUAAAAAAUAGUUAGUUGAACAGUCCUGCAUUGUGGCAGGUGGGGAUGGAUACUUAGCCAUCUUUUCCAUCUCAUAACUUCAGAGUCUAUGAAGAUCUAAUCAAUUCCUGUUCCACUUGGGGGGAGUGGGGGGGUUGAUAAAUCGUCCCCUUAGCAGGAUGUAUAGUGAAGCAAAAUAGAUUUUAAUGUGACUUGUCUUCUUCAAAUGAUGUGGCAAUUAAGCUCUUGAUUUAACCCUUGAAAUUGCAUUAACUGUACAUGAUUCUCCUAAAUUUGUUUCAAUAGGCAAGUCAUCCGGUUACCUGUAUAAAAAACAAAACACUGGCUGCUCUGAAAAAGAAUCUCUUGAAUUGUAGUUCAACUCUUGCUUCUGAGCCCAUGACUGAUACUGAGACUUGUUUACAAAAUAAAAUCUCAGCUUGAGACCAAGAAGAGUGAAUAAAUUGAUACCGUUGCCUUAUAAUCCUAUUUUUCUCCAUUUGGAUAAUCAGCUCUGAAUAGUGUCCUUUAAAACUGGAAUUCCAGCUUCUGCUUUGGAGUAGCUUUAUUAGGGGCAGGUGAAGACUGCCUGCUAGCAAAUGAAAGACAGUUAAUUUUUGUCUCUCUAUUGUUUCCUAAAUUAUCACAAAACUGACAGCAGGGUUCAUAUUACAAGGAAACUAUCUUUUCAAAAAUAUAAAGGUAAAUUCCACUACAGUAAUGUUAAACACUUAACCAUAUGCACUUUUUAAAAAGAUCUAUCUUUAUUUUUGCUGUUCAAUUUGCACUGUCUUCAGAGCCAGCAUAUGAAAAUAGACUAAUCAAUUUCAGUUUUCUCACUGUCACAUACAAGCAUAUGGCAGUGUUUGAGUUGCGUACACUAUGGGAAAGUUUUAAGUUACAUAAUUACACUGAUUUACUUACUUUAAUUAUUUAAAAAUCAUUUCUAUUACAUCUUUGUAAUUUUUUUAACAAAAAUUUUCACCCUAAGCUACCUAUAUCACUUGAAAAUAGGUCAGCAAUUUGUAUAUUGCUGAAAGAUAUCCUUUAGUCAAACACUAGUCUGGCUCAAUACAGAGGUCAUGUGGUGAAAUGAUAUGGCCUGUCUUAUACUGGAGGUCAGACUAGGUGACCUAAUAGUCCCUUUUUGGCCUAAAAUGUCUAUGAAUCUCUAGGAAGAUUUAAAAUGUCACUCUUUGAAGGAGAGUUGGAACAGUGAUUUUUCAUGUAGAGCUUCAUAUGUCACUUAGGGAUGGGGGAAAGAUCCCACUAAAGCCUAAAAAUUAUGAACCAACUACAACUUCUGGUUCCAAAGGACUAGACUGUUAGGAAGAUGGAAGGACAUGAAGGACUUGAGUCAAGCUGUUGACGCUGGGCAGGCUAGCUAAUCUUUGCAUUUACUAAAUUUCCUUUAUUUUUGAAAUUAGCGUGGCUGGUAAGUGAAAAGUGACAACACAAAUGGCCUUGAUGGGAUCCCUGUUUGUCUUUCAACAACUCCAGAUAAAAUGUAUGGUACCCAAUUGUCAAUAAAAAGAUGUAUUUUAUAAGUA